AUGCCCAAUGCAACCACUGAGCUUAUUGCUGCACAUGAAUUGAAGGGUAAUAAGCCUAGCCCGGAAACCCAUCCUCGCACUCGCGACGAACUGGAGCCCAGCUUGAGUACUUCAGAAAUUGAAUCUGCACGAAGCUUGGCAGGCGGUCCUCGAAACGACGACACUUUGAAAUUGAUGCCGCUACUCUUUGUCGGAAUUGCUAUAUGGUUCCUCGAUACCGCAGGCGCCAUCUGCAUCGCCAUUCUGAUCCUCGCCUCCUCGGUGUCGACAGCCUACGAGCACAUGUGGUUUCUGGUAGACAAGACGGCGCCGCAGGAAUUCCUGAACAAGCUAGUCUACAUGUCCAUCACGCACGAUACCAGAGUCAAGAAGAUCGACACGCUAAGCACAUACCACGCCGGCGACAAAUACUACAUUGAAGUAGACAUCAUCAUGGACGAGAACGAGCAGCUGCAAGUUACGCAUGACGUUUCUCAGACUCUGCAAAGAAAAUUAGAGGGACUAGCAGAUGUCGAGAGGGCGUUCGCACAUGUCGAUUAUGACGGAGAUCACAGUGUCCUCGACGAAUAUAGACCCCUGUACGAGCACGAGGAGAAGAAAAGCACCUCUCUUGGUCCGCGUCAAGGAGAAAGUCUUCAGGGCGAAGAGCCGAGAGGCAGCUCCUGA